AGCACAGUGGAGACUAUCCACAGAAUAUCUCACACACUCAUUGAGGCAAGUCUGCAGAGCUCAUAUCUGGGUAGGCAAUGAGCUAUUUUGACAACGUGUUCCAAAAAGGAUGUACUCAGAAUAAUGGAUUUUGCCACAGCAUUUAGCCCUUAGACACUAACAUUGGCAUAUAAAAGAUAUGAAGAGCAUUUAAAUACUUCAGAAAGGAGUUUCCUUUCACCCAUCACUGACACCUACUGGAACACUAUUGUGGACUUCCAGAAUGAGCCCGAAGAAAAGGAAACCCAGUGUAGCGUUCAGCUGGCAUAAGUCAUUUGCCAUCCUUGCCCCAUGGAGGAAAGGCAAAGGAGACAUGGUCGUAGAAAGUGAAGUUGUGCUAACCAAGAUGAAAGUCUUCAACACUUUCCAUGAAAAAUGGUUAAAUGCUGAGGAUUCUGUGUCAACUGUGUCUAUAUCAGUGUCUGAGCAGAAUAUAUCUCCAACACUGCUGGAGGAAGUGAUCUCUGUCCACAGUGAUGCACCUGAACCAACCAUGGCAGAAUCAAAGCAAGACUAUUUAUCUGCCAUUUUCUCUGACUCCCAACUACCGAGAUUGUACAAAUUUGAAUCAGAGGACUCUGGGGUAGAGAUGCCCAGUGGAGCAAACUCCCCAUCCACUCCAACUGGUUCAGAGCAGAGCUUUGUUGUUCAUAGCAGAGGGUCGUCAUGUGACUUAGGCACUCUGAACUCUUCCAUACCAGCCAACAGUCCUCUUCUCCUACUAGAACAGAGUACAGGCUCCUUAGAGACUGAGCAAACAUCAUGUAUAUACACUCAAGAUGAUGAUCUCACACUAUUACAAGACAGCCUGGAGGAUGAAAUGGAUAAUAUUCUACUUGGGAUUGCAGGAGAUUCAGAAAUACCUCAGGAUGGAACCUUGGGGAAUGUCUCAGAGAGCUCUAAGGUGAGCUUGGUUUGUGCAGACACAGCAGAGGCAAGGGCAGAGGAGUUGGCUGGAGAAGACAUGGGGUCAAGAAGCCAUGACAUUGAAGCUUAUGAUGGCAACACAGGGGCGGAACUGCAGCAGCAACCACUGCGGAAGAGUACAACAAGUGACAGUCUGGAUGAGUACAUGGAGGAGUGUUGCAGGCUUAGUGAGGUGAACCAGGCACAGUCCAAUCCAUUGGGCUCUGGACUGGGCUACUUAGAGCACAUCUGCCAGCUGAUUGAGAAGAUUGGCCAGCUACAGGAGCACAAUCUAAAAUUGCAGAAAGAGAUUUAUAGCCUGCAGAAAGACAGCAAGAUGACAAAAACUAAGGAGGACUUCUUCAUACAGCACUGUUAUUGUGGAGCUGCAAAUUUAGCCUUUCAGGAGCUGAAGAGACAUUCCCGCAGUGAUUACCCCAGCCUAACAGCUUCCAGCAGCACACUGUCUGACCUCACCACCAUCCCAGAGGGCACACGUAUCCCCCUCCACCCAGCUGUCAGAGAUGUUGCCGGAGGCCACCAGCUGACUGCGCCCCUGCGGAGAAGGGGCUUGAACAGGAGGAGUUACACAGAGGGCGAGGCCAGAUACCUGAGUGACAGUGCAGAGGGUCUUUCUGCCACCCACAGACGAGUGCGUCAUACCGACCAACUGGUGACCAAAUUAGAGAACUACACAUGGGGCAGAAUGAAAGAGCUGGUGAAGAAGACUAGAUUGAGGAACCAAAGCAGGCUGGGACUGUCCUCUGGCUCCCUAAAGAGAUCGUGUCCACAGCUAUACCGGCCUGAACUGGGACCGUUAGAACUGUGUAGAAGAGACAGGAACUCUAUGAUCGUCCUUGGCCAUCAGAAACUGGACUACCAUUGGUCUCACUAGUAUUAAUCAGUUGGACACGGAACAGAUAGCAUACGAUGGGGUAACAUUUCCCUGAAGGGGAGGACAUGCUGAAGUUGUACAGACCCGGGUAAAGAAACCCAGAAUGGAGAGGGAGGACAAGAAGAUGCGUAUGAGAAUGUGAUCUCUGAUUAAUGAGUGGAAAGUGCAGAAAUAAGUGGAAAGUUGAAAAAAGGCAUGACUCUCAUACUUGACACACACAAAGCUCAACAGAAAUGUUCAUAUGCUUUAUGGGUGUUUACAAAAGUAUGGGUGUGCAAUGAACUUAGCAAUGUGGUUGCUUUCUUUGUCAUUACAUAUUAAAUGCCAUAUACAAUACUAACUCUAGUCAGUAAAGUUUUGGAUAAAGCAGUGUCAUGCAAAUGAGAUGUUACCAGAAGGUCACAAAAUGAAAUAUAAGAUACAAAAAUGUAAUAUAGUUUUUGACUUUAAAAAUAAAAUGUAUUGGUUGAAGUAUAUUUUCAUAUGUACAAAUAAAAUCACUUUAUUCAACAAACUAUGUAAAAAUAACUGCAUGUGUAUUACACAC